AUGGAUCAAUGGAACGGUGACGAUUUCUCAGCUGCUUCAGCUCCUUCUUCUGCUCAGCCUCUUAUUUUGCCCUCCUCCACUCGCUCCCACAACUCCAACUCUGAGUCCAGACAAAGGCCUGAUGUGGAGACGAAGGACCCAAUUGCUGCAAGAAAAGUUCAGAAAGCAGACCGUGAAAAGUUGAGGAGGGAUCGACUCAAUGAGCACUUUCAUGAGUUGGGCAACACACUAGAUCCAGAUAGGCCCAAGAACGAUAAGGCAACCAUCCUUACAGACACAAUUCAAAUGUUGAAGGAUUUAACUGCUGAUGUCGGCAAACUAAAGGCCGAGUGUGCCGCGCUUACUGAUGAAUCCCGUGAGCUAACACAGGAGAAGAAUGAGCUAAGAGAAGAGAAGGCAUCUUUGAAAUCCGAUAUUGAGAAUCUAAAUGUUCAGUAUCAGCAAAGACUGAGAGUUAUGUUUCCAUGGGCUGCCAUGGAUCCUUCUGUUGUUAUGGCUCCACAAUACUCAUAUCCAAUGCCUGUAGCUGUUCCUCCCGGCUCAAUUCCCAUGCACCCGUCACUUCAGCCAUUUCCUUACUUUCAAACUCAAACUCCUGCUCCUAUUCCCAAUCCCUGUUCAACUUUUGUCCCAUAUCAAGCUCCUGCCAAUCCUCCUGUAGAACAGCCGGCACCCCAGUAUGCAUCUGUUUCCCACCUUUCAAGCAAACAAGAUUCCAGAAGCAAGUCAUCAGAUAUGCAAAGGGGGAGCAAUGCUGAAAGAUGUGAUGACUCCAAUGAUGUGGCAACCGACCUUGAACUUAAGAUGCCAGGAUCUUCGACACAACAGGAUUCAUCUUCUGGAGGUAGGAAGGCCAAGCAAUCACAGAGGAAGGAUAGGGUUGUUACAGAUGGAAGCUCAUCAAGUAGGUAUUCUUCAUCUCAAGGUCUUCAGGAUAACUCCUCCAACAGCGUAGGUGACGUCCCCAAGUCUAACAAAUGA